UUGGAAACGUUCUACGACGGUAUGCAAGAUCGGAUCUUGGACAGAUAAGAUCAAUCGGGUCGAUUUGCAGCACUACAGCCUCGUUUACUACUGGUGAAUGUUUGUGAAAAUAGUCAUGUUGAGAAAUACAAUAAACCCUAUGGUUAUCCUGCGGCACAGCACAUCAAUGCUAUAUUCUAGUACGAUGCAGCAUGGCUUUAGGUCGGUCGCAUCUGAAAACAAUGGGAAACUAAAGGCUGGUCUGUCCAAGCGUACCUGGUUGCAGCACAUUUGGAAACGAUCCAUGUUUAUACAAACACAAGACACACCGAACCCUGAUAGUUUGAAAUUUCUUCCUGGUGUUACGGUUCUUGAGAUAGGCCAAACAAUGGAUUUUCCAAACGUUACAUCGGCUCAAGGUAGUCCCCUGGCCAAACUUCUCUUUCGAAUUGAAGGUGUGCGUUCGGUGUUCUUUGGCAGCGACUUUGUUACAAUAUCAAAGCAAGAGGAUGCCGAAUGGCGCGUUAUUAAGCCCGAAGCAUUCGCUGUGAUAAUGGACUUUUUUGCUAGUGGUUUACCGGUGGUGAAGGAUGCACAGCCCAACACCAGUACACAGAUCAAUGACGACGAUGACGAAACCGUACAAAUGAUAAAGGAACUGCUCGAUACACGAAUUCGGCCCACGGUGCAAGAAGAUGGUGGCGAUAUUAUCUUUAUGGCCUUCGAAGACGGUGUGGUGAAGCUUAAAAUGCAAGGAUCCUGCUCUUCAUGUCCAAGCUCGAUUGUGACCCUGAAAAAUGGUGUGCAGAAUAUGCUGCAGUUUUACAUCCCCGAGGUGGUAUCCGUCGAGCAAGUGACUGACGAUGUAGAUGAAAUAACGGAGAAAGAAUUCACGCGACUCGAGAAACAGAUUCGCCAAAAAGAUGACAAGACACGUGAAAAGGUUUAAAAGAUGUACUUAAGAUUGUGAUUUAUUG